AUGAUUACUGACAUUAUAUUUGACAAAAAGCUACCAAAAGGAAAGAUUGCAGAUAUUGGUUACAUGUUCGGGAUCGGAGUGUUUCAUUCUGGAGUUGAAGUAUAUGAGAAAGAAUAUAAUUUUGGUGGACAUGAUUUUGAUUCUACUGGUGUAUUUGUUAUGAAACCCAGGAUGGGACCUCCUAAUGUGACAUUCAAUAAAGAAGAUGUAAAGAGCGUUAUCGAUGGAUUAUCAAAAGAGUGGAGUGGGAAUAGUUAUAAUUUGUUGACAAGGAAUUGUAAUCAUUUUACUAGUGAAUUAUGUAAUAUACUAGUUGGAAAGCCAGCACCAAAUUGGAUAAAUCGUGCCGCGAAAUUAGGAACCCUCUUUCCAUGUGUUGUUCCUAAUGACUGGAUCGAAGCACCAGAGGGCGCUGAGAGUGCAAACGGUCUUAUUAUCCCAAGUAACACUGUCAUAAAUGAAGAAUCGCAAGAACCUUAUCAUAUAACUGAUUCCUAG